AUGUGGACAUGGAUCUCGCCGGAUGGCAAAACAAAAAACCAAAUUGAUUUUAUAAUGUCCAACAGAAAAAACUACUUCUCUAACUUUACCGUAAUCAAGAAAUUGAACUUCAACACUAACCAUAAACUAAUAAGAGCAGAACUAAUAUCAAAUCAACCAAAGAAACCUAGACCAAGGCAUGACUUAGGAAACGUUAAGCUUGGAAAACAUCAGUUAGAACAAAUAAUAAUCGCUCUAAAAGACAAAUUUACAGAUUACGAAUCUAACACAAAAGAAUUAGGAACACAAGAAAGAUACAAUUGGAUAGAAAAUACUAUAAAAACCCAAAUACAACUAAUUGCAAAUAACAAAACUGAACCAAAAAAAUGGCUAACAACAAAUACCACAAAACUACUAGAAGCGAGAAACCACUUAAUUAACACUAAAGAUAUACAGGACAGAAGAAAACAUUUAACGGAAAUAAGUAAACAAAUUACAGAUAGCAUAAGAAAGGACAGGAAACAAAAUAGAAUGGAAAUCAUAGAAAAAAUUAUAAGCGAAACGGGUGGAGUCAAAAAGGCGUACAGAGAGUUGAGGAAUUCAAAGGAUUGGAUUGUUAAAAUGAAAAAUCACAGGGGAAAAUGGAAUCAUCGAAGAAUAGAAAUAAUAGAUAUAGCAACUUCUUAUUACAAGAGACUGUACGAAAGUAACACAACAGAAGACGAAAUUGAUUUGGCGGAUACCUCAAACAUCCCUACCAUACUUCAAGCUGAAGUCGAGAAAGCCAUAGACACUCAAAAGGCAGAUAAAACACCAGGUCCUGACGGCAUAAGCAAUGAAAUCUUAAGACAAGGAAAGGAAGUGUUAACACCUGUUCUUACAGAUAUGUUUAACAACAUCAUAAGCACUGAAAUAAUCCCCCAGCAAUGGACUGAAUCAAACAUUAUCCUGUUGUAUAAGAAAGGAGAUAAACACGAAAUAGGAAACUAUCGCCCCAUCAGCCUUAUGUCAAACAUUUACAAAAUCUUCGCAAAGAUCAUUCUAAAACGUAUUGAAAGAACGCUAGACGAGCACCAACCCAUCGAGCAGGCGGGAUUUCGUAAGGAUUAUUCGGUAACAGACCACGUCCAUGUAGUUCGUCAAGUUAUUGAGAAAUACAGCGAAUACCAGCUGACAUAUUACAUUUCCUUUAUCGACUACAGCAAAGCAUUCGAUUCUCUUCUACAUAAAAACAUAUGGGAAGCAUUAGUUGAACAAGGGAUUGAACUUAAAUACAUUAGAUUAAUAAAAAACGUGUACAGGAAUAGUACAGCCAGAAUCCAGUUAGAAAAGAAAAGUCAGCCAUUCAAAGUAGGAAAAGGAGUCAGACAGGGAGAUCCCUUAUCUCCAAAAUUAUUCUCGGCGGUACUGGAGUCAAUUUUUAGAAAACUCAAUUGGGAAAAUCUUGGGAUCAAUAUAGACGGCACUUCACUGACGCACCUAAGAUUCGCUGAUGACAUAGUGUUAUUCGCCAAAACACCUGAAGCCAUCACUAAAAUGAUAGAAGAUCUAGCAACAGAAAGUGAGAGAGUAGGACUAAAAUUAACCCAGAAAAGACUAGAA